GACCCUUUGUCUAGGUCUGGUUGGUUUAUCGACGGAGUCGGGCAUUGGGUAACCCCUCGUUUUACAUCCUCUCCAUCUACCGAGCGCCCUCCUCGGCCUCCUGUUCGUCCGUAGGUUAUAUAAGGCCCUGGAUGAUAUCCCACAUCCCGACGAGCUCCAUUGUACUGUCAACCCCUCAAACUCCAUCGCUUCCCCCCCGGAUCCACCCACAAUGUCUCCGUUCCGCAUCAGGGUGGAUGGCCAGACCUUUCGAGACCCGCAGAAUCGAGAGGUGACGCUCCGUGGGAUCAAUGUAGCCGGCGAAUGCAAGUAUCCUCGGAAUCCUGAUACCCCAUCCCACGUCGCCGACCGGUUCUUCGAUGCCGAUCACGUCUCCUUCGUCGGUCGACCCUUCUCCCUUGACGACGCCCACACUCACUUCGCCCGUCUGCGGAAAUGGGGCUACAAUACCAUCCGAUAUCUGUUCACUUGGGAGGCAAUCGAACAUGAGGGCCCGGGUAUCUACGAUGAUGAGUGGGUUCGCUUCACCGUGGAGGUGCUCCGCAUUGCCAAGCACUACCAGUUCUACGUCUUCAUGGACCCGCAUCAGGAUGUGUGGUCUAGGCUGUCCGGAGGCUCGGGAGCCCCCGCGUGGACGCUCUACGCUGCGGGUCUCAAUCCCCGCGGGUUCAAGAAAACCGAGGCCGCGAUGGUCCAAAACACCGCUGACAACCCUGCCGAAUUCCCAAAAAUGAUUUGGAGCACCAACUAUACCCGCCUGGUCUGCCAGACCAUGUUCACCCUCUUUUGGGGCGGCCGAGACUUCGCGCCCCAGGCCGUCAUCGAUGGCGUGAACAUUCAGGACUACCUGCAAGGCCACUUUAUUGCCGCGUGUAAGUACCUCGCCCAGCACAUCCACGACGCCGGGGAUCUGGAACCCGAUGUGGUCAUCGGCUGGGAGAGCAUCAACGAGCCCCAUCGGGGGUUGAUCGGAGUCCAGGAUAUCUCUGUCGUUCCCGCGGAGCAGCGGCUCCAGCUCGGCACGUCCCCCACCGCGUUUCAGGCCAUGCUGACGGGCUCGGGGCGCGCCUGUGAGGAGACCACCUGGGCCUUCGGGGGGUUCGGUCCGCACCAGACGGGCAAGGAGUUGGUGGAUCCGGAGGGGGAAUCGGCGUGGCUCCCAGUGGACUAUGAUGACCACAAGUACGGCUGGAAGCGGGACCCCGGCUGGAAGCUCGGUGAAUGUCUCUGGGCGCAGCACGGGGUCUGGGACCCGUCGUCGGACCAACUGCUGCGAAGCGACUACUUUGCAAAGCACCCCCAGUCGGGAAAUCCGUUGAAUUAUGACGUCUUCACCAAUACCUAUUUCAUGGACCAUUACCGCGCGUACCGGGACGCCAUUCGCGGGGUGUGGCCGGAGUCGAUCAUGUUCUGCCAGCCCCCGGUCAUGGAGGUGCCUCCGGCGCUCAAGGGUACCCCUGACGACGACCCGAAUAUGGUCCACGCGGUGCACUACUACGAUGGCCUGACCCUCCUAACGAAACAUUGGAACCGGCUCUACAAUGUCGACGUGAUCGGAGUGCUUCGCGGCAAGUACUAUACGCCCGCCUUUGCGUUGAAAAUCGGCGAGACGGCGAUCCGCAAUUGUCUGCGCGACCAGCUCAAGUUCCUACGGGACGAGAGUCUCGAAUAUAUGGGCCGUCGUCCAAUGGUCUUCUCCGAGAUCGGUAUUCCCUACGAUAUGGACGACCGAUAUGCGUACCGGACUGGGGAUUACAGCAGCCAGAUCAGCGCCAUGGACGCGAAUCAUUUCGCGUUGGAAGGGAGCACGGGCAACGGCUUUACUCUGUGGCUGUACACCUCGUCGAACAAUCACGAAUGGGGCGACAACUGGAACGGCGAGGAUCUCUCCAUCUACUCGGUCGACGACUUUGAGCUCCCCAGUGGCAACCUACUAGCCCUAGAUCCAGAGUCGCAGUCCCAGACCAACCGGCACUCGCCGACCUACUCAGAGAGUCGCAACAGCCUGAGCGACGAAAAUGUCGGGCCCCACAAUCUGAAAGGCGCACUGCGUCCCCCGUCAAUCACGUCGGAUGUGUCACAGGCCAGCCCAGACAAGGUCGGUUAUCGCGCGGCGCAAGCCUUCCUCCGGCCCAGCCCGGUAACCACCAACGGCACCGUCACAAAGCACCUCUUCGACCUCCGCAACUGCACCUUCACCAUGACCCUCCGGGGCCAGAAAGGUUCCGUCGGGGAAAACGCCGUCACAGAGAUCUACCUGCCAGACUUCCACUUCCCAGACUCGAACACCGUCGUGUCCGUCAGCAGCGGCGAGUGGUCCAUCGACGCGGUAGAGAUCAAUUCCAUUAAAGCACAGUAUCUUCGCUGGAGACAUCCCGAGGGUGACCAGGAUAUCAAGAUCCAGGGUGUCAAGCGAAAGCUCACGGACUUGAGCCCAUCUGCUGAGGAUAUGACUUAUUUGGAGCAGUGUCAGAGUGCGGGGUGUACGGUCAUGUAGACUCUAUCUUGGCUUAACAGGCUUCACGAACGGGGCAUUCACGAACGAUACGGAUAUAUACGAUUGGACAUUACAUUUACAUUUACCUUGCGAACUAGUUGAAUCUAAU